AUUUUCUCAUAUUAGGGUCUGUUUGUUUCCUGAGAAAAUGUGGGAAAUGCAAGGGAAUCCAGACUUUAAGCUUUCCAUGCUGUUGAAUUGUGUAUUGGUUUCCUUUUCUCAUUUUCUUAGACUUGGUGUUUGUUUGAAAAGUUAAUUGCUUGUUUAGGAGGUUGCCAUCAUUUGCUAUGGUGGGUCAUUUCCCCUUUUUGACUGAAACCUGCCUCUUUGUUUCUUUUGCAUAAAAUUCUUAUGAGCCUUUUACUUUGCUUUUCGACUUAUAGAGAGCAAAAAGGAGAGGGAAAAAAUGGAAAGAUUAAAGGAAAUCACUGUGUCUGUCAAUUUUUUCUUUGUCACGAUUAGAUAUUGAAAAUCAUUCUGAUUUGGACGAAUUUUUGUAAGGAUGGUAUUUGAAUGUAGAUCUAGAAAAUGAACGGUCAUGGAAAAAUGUUGUGGAGAGGGCUCAAAUAGUGCCAUAGUAAGUUACUUACUAGUUAGCGCUUGGGCACUUCUGAUGGUGGGAGGCUUAUGCAUUGAAGAGGACUAGGAGAUAACUGACAUUCAAAUCUGAAGUAUAACAAAGAUGAUCAGAAUCCACACUAAUCAGACUAAAACCAAACAUUGUUCUGCAAAACUCCCUUCUGCUGAAAACUGUCAUCGCGCUCGCCUCAAGUGGAGUCGUCCCUUCUUGACACCCAAAAAACCGUAAACUUUGCUUCAUCACAUUUGCUGUGGACCAAGCCAACUCAAAUUUUCUCUCCUCGACAAUCUCCACUCCAACUCCGAUGUAUUUGGCCAAUGAAGAAACAAAUUGUCAGUGUUUUCCACCUCCCCCUAGCACUACAGGGCAAUAGUAAGAAACGCUGGCUUUAGGUUCAUAUACACUUUUCUUGGCCUUGGGAUCACUCUGCUUGUGAUCACAUGCUCAGGUCAUAUCGCCGCUGACACUGCAAAUGGUUGUUGCCUUUAUUUGUACAUGGUGUUUGUCUUCUUACUCUUCAUGCUUGAAGCUGGAGUGACUGCUGACAUAUUUUUAAACCGUGACUGGGAAGAGGACUUUCCAGAUGAUCCAACUGGGAGAUUUGAUCAAUUCAAAGAAUUUGUAAGGUCGAACUUUGAUAUCUGCAAAUGGAUUGGCUUGUCAAUAGUUUGUGUACAGGGGCUGUCUUUGUUAUUGGCAAUGAUACUCAAAGCUCUUGGGCCACAUCCGUAUUAUGAUAGUGAUGAUGAGUAUAUUCCUGAGAGGGUUCCACUCCUAAAGAAUGCUGUUCUUCCACCUCCUUAUGUCGUUGGUGACCCUGUAUAUGGUUCCAAUGUAUAUGGUUCCAAAAGUGAUUCAUGGAACAUAAGGAUCAAUGACAAGACAAACAGGUAAAUUGAUUGUUCAGCUGGGCUUCUACUUGUGGAUGGAUGGUAGUGCGGAGACACAAUAAGAGUGGAGGAACUGGAUCGGAAAAAUGAGUCAUCUGCUGUCGAUUGACCAAUUGAGCAUUGAAGGUUUCAUAAACUCGAGCAGAUGAAGAGGGUGGAAUUAGUCACGUACAUACUUUAAACUCUCACUGUAUACCUGAAUGCUGAACCUGAUGAAAUUGACAGUUCAUCGUUGCGUUUCUGUAUAGAUUGUUAAACGAUGCAUAAUAUUUAUCGAUUAAUUUGGAAUCUCCGUUCAAUCA